UUCCCUUUCUUAUCGGCCUAAUUAUAGAGGUCGCGAAUAAUUUUUUUCAAAUGUCACGUCCAAAUGCAACUUGUUGGAUUUAAUUUGAACUUUGUUUUUUUUCGGGAUAAAAUAAAUAAAAUUUAAAAAUGAAUAGCCAAUUCGGUGAAAUUGUACAGCCAACAUCGCGAGCUUUUUGGCUCGAUGAAGACGACGAAGAAUUACAGGACUCUGAACAAGAACCCUUAUUUUCAUUGGAAUGGUUAGAGAAGGAACCAUCGAGUAUUGAAAAGUUGAUCAUCGUCGAGGGUGACAUGGUAAUCGGUUUUACGAAAGAAACGUUACUUCAGGAUGCCAAGAAAAUUUGCAACAUAAAACACGAAUCGCAAAAGAAGUCUUCAAUUAUUUACGAAGUUGAAAAUUCCCUCUACAUUUGUCUCGUUAGCACCGAACUCGAUUUAACGGAAGCGGGAGAAUUUAUCGAAACGAUUCAACGUAUUUUAACGAAGGCAAAGAAAAUAAUUGCACUCACCAAUUGUCACGUGUCGCAAUUGAAAAGCAAUGAAGAAUGCAGUGAUCCGUCAUUUUUGAAGUCGUUGUCGACGAAGGAGGCGAGAAAUUCGUUGAAGAUCAAUGCGCCAAAUUUAAGUCAGCCGAAUAUCAUAUCUGGAGUAGCUGCCGGAGCACUCUCCUUUGCGGAAAUAAAAGCCACGUACGGUAUUCUCUUUGUCCUUUACACUGACAAUUUUGUCCUCGAUUCAAAAAGUGCCCAUCCACUCGUCGAAUUAUUUUCCGAAUUAAUGAAUCGUAAUCUUCCUGAAUUCUCAUCUGUUCGUAGUGGCAUUUUUAAUAAAGGUAAUCUUUACAUGUAAAAAUGUAAAUUAUAUUUUACGA